AUGACGGCGUGCCCACAGUGCCCCACACCCACAAGACUGAGCACAACACCACCUCCAGGCGCGGUGUUCACCCCCAGGGUGACGGAGCACCCGUCAACACCACCUCCAGGCGUGGUGUUCACCCCCAGGGUGACGGAGCACCCGUCAACACCACCUCCAGGCGCGGUGUUCACCCCCAGGGUGACGGAGCACCUGUUAACACCACCUCCAGGCGCGGUGUUCACCCCCAGGGUGACGGAGCACCCGUCAACACCACCUCCAGGCGCGGUGUUCACCCCCAGGGUGACGGAGCACCUGUUAACACCACCUCCAGGCGCGGUGUUCACCCCCAGGGUGACGGAGCACCCGUCAACACCACCUCCAGGCGCGGUGUUCACCCCCAGGGUGACGGAGCACCUGUUAACACCACCUCCAGGCGCGGUGUUCACCCCCAGGGUGACGGAGCACCCGUCAACACCACCUCCAGGCGCGGUGUUCACCCCCAGGGUGACAGAGCACCCGCCAACACCACCUCCAGGCGCGGUGUUCACCCCCAGGGUGACGGAGCACCCGUCAACACCACCUCGAGGCGUGGUGUUCACCCCCAGGGUGACGGAGCACCCGUCAACACCACCUCCAGGCGCGGUGUUCACCCCCAGGGUGACGGAGCACCCGUCAACACCACCUCCAGGCGCGGUGUUCACCCCCAGGGUGACGGAGCACCCGUCAACACCACCUCCAGGCGCGGUGUUCACCCCCAGGGUGACGGAGCACCCGUCAACACCACCUCCAGGCGCGGUGUUCACCCCCAGGGUGACGGAGCACCCGUCAACACCACCUCCAGGCGCGGUGUUCACCCCCAGGGUGACGGAGCACCGCCAACACCUCCAGGCGCCUCCGAAAUUGGUGGUUGGUGGCAGAGUCUACCGGGCUCCACACUUCCCAAUGAAAGCCGCCCCCCACCACCAAAAAGAAGACUUUAACUCGGUGGUCCAAAACCAGCAGGUGGGGCGUUUGUGA